AAGUGUUCCAGGAACUGUCAGAGAACUCUUGAGUAGUGGGGUUAAGACUAAACCAUUUUGUCUCAAUUCCAGUUAUUACUUGAAACUUCUGUCAGUUUUUGCUGUUCUUUACCAGUCAUAUUAAACGAUUUUCUGCAGCAAAUCAGUGCACAAAUUCAGUUUCCUUAUAAUACUCGGGCAGCAAAAAUAAGUACUUGAAGAAUGGCUGAUUUUGGAGACAACUUUGAUGACACAGAUGUCGACCCCGCAGCGGAGUUCUUGGCCCGGGAACAGGACCAGUUGGCAGGACUGGAGGAUGAGCUGAAGCCGUCCGUCCCUCCAGUACUCAUAUCUAAUGGCCCAGGCACUGCGAUGACCCCGCUUGACAGCACCGGCAGUUUCGAAAUGAUCAAUACGCUCGGUCAGACCGACCUCACUUUCGACCCCAUGUCUGGUGGAAACGAACUCGGUGGUUUUGUAGCUUCCGACCCCACUUUUGACUUUAUGUCAGAAGGAUUGCCAGCAGCUGAACCACUACCUGCUCAAAUAGAAGAGCCAGCCAUGCAGCCUCAGCCUGCCGUGUCCCCGGAUCCACAGAAGAUGGCAGCCCAGACUACUCCAAGCAAGCCUGUUAUUCGAGAAGAGCCGGAAAAGAUCAAGAAAUGGCGGGAAGAGCAGAAAGCUCGGCUGGAAGAGAAAGAUGCCAACGAAGAAAAGAAGAAGGCAGAGAUGCGAGAAGCUGCCAAGAAAGAGCUGGAGGAGUGGUACAAACAUCACGAGGAGCUCAUAGCCAAGACCAAGGCUGACAACAGGGAAUCUGCAAUAAACGCAGAAAAACAGUUUGUGGCGGAAGCUGAUGCCAUAGAGCCAGGAACGGAGUGGGAGCGGAUCGCCAAGUUGUGUGACUUCAACCCCAAGUCCAGCCGCACCAGCAAGGACGUGUCCAGGAUGAGAUCCAUCAUCCUGCAGCUCAAGCAGAGCCCUCCUCCCGUCGCAGUCAAGCACUGAGCGUGAACAUUCCUGCCACCUCGCCUACUCUACUGUGUUAACCUAUUGUACUAUUUAUCUAUGUAUAUGUAAAGUUAUAUCAUGCAAUCACUAUUGUAAUCCGAUUUUGUUACAUUGUUAUUAGUGUGUUAGUAAAAGUGUACGUUCCGAAUUGAUAGAAAUAUAAAUAAAAUUUAUUGUGUUCUGGAAAUUAAAA